UAAAGAAUAUUACACUACUUUCUGAAAUCCAAUGACUUCUAGUCGAAGAAAAGUAAUUGCAGUAAAGUGUGCUACCCAAGGACACUCAUGAAAGGUAAGGCCGUCUGCAGGUUCCAAGCAUAAAACGUAAUGGGCUGUGUGCCACUGUAUACUGCGUACACCGUUUUCCGAGUAGGUCUACAUCGGCCGAAAUUCGAUUAUCGUUUUUUCCAAAAGACGUACUAGUUGUGGGCAACAUUUCCUGCCCGACAAAUCAAGAUGGACGCCAGGCUCUUUGUAUGCUCGAUGCUAGUGGGCUUCUUGUGUUUGAACGCUUUGGUGAUGGUUGCCGUGGCCCAGACGGUGAGUGCGUGGAUCGUGGAGCCGCGUAGCAACGGUGCUAUCAAGGAAGGUGAUGUGGUGCAUAUGACGUGUGUCGCACGCUAUCUGUAUAAAUACCACACAUUGGAAUGGGUGACCGGCAGCCCGCCCUACCACACCCUGAGGUGGGGCCGAGCCAGCAUCACCACCGACCCACGGUUCGUCUUUGAGACCACCGAAAGACCGACAUCCCGGCUCUUGGUAAUCCAGGAUUUCACCAUCACUAAUGUUAAGAGGGAAGACUCUGGUGAAUACGUCUGCAAUGUCAAGAACAUCAAUACCGACCCAGGUGAUAACAUAGAGGCCUCCGCUAGCAUCAAUCUCUCAGUCUUGUAUUUUCCAAGUCAGAAUUUCCCAAUUUGCUUCCCUGACGGACCCAUCACACUUACCCCUGGACCGGAGCUGACCAUGCGCUGUACGUCUGAGGCAGGAAAUCCACAAAUCGCUAUGGACAUUUCACAGGAAUGCCCAUCUAGUGACUAUGCGUGGACAACAUCCAACAUGAACGGAACCAUUUCGAUGUCGCUGGAUUUAGCGGGUAACAGUUCGAACAACGGAAUCGCAUUCGUGUGCUCGAUUUCAUCACUUGCCUUUCCAGAUCUGAGGCGCUCUUGUACCAUAGGGCAUAUUAGUGUCGAAGCUGUGACAGAACCGGUGACAGAACCCACAACAGACCCGAUGACAGAAACCACCACAGAAUCCACCUCAGAACUCACCAGAGAAGUAACAACUCCAGCAGUAUAUGACACAGUCACCUCCUUAACACCUGCACCUUUUGUGACAUAUUCGGACACAGAAAGCACGGAAACAUCACCGUAUGCUACCGAAGCAAAGCAUGGGUCCACACUGGAUUCCACACACGCCGAAGCAACAGGAAAAACCGCGGUAAAGGUGACAAACGAACCCACAGCCGAACCUGAAGCAACACCAUCUACCAUGUUUCGAACAGUCCACGAUGAACAUACCGGUGUGAUCACUACGAUGACCUCUGAACCGACUUACAGUCUUCUGACCUUUGCUUCGGAUGACCCUUCACCCCUGACCCCGUGGAUACCAGCCUUCGUAGCCGCGACCAGUGCACUCCUAGUAUCCAUCAUGACCAUCGUCAUUCUUGUCCUUUGCCUCAUCAAACUGAUGAAACGACUAAAAGCCUCUAACGAUAGUGAAUCUCAGAACCCAAUAAUCGAACCGUACAUGGAGCUACAGCCAACAGACAUCAAGGCAUGAAGAAAACAAAGAACACAUUACAAUACACAAUGUUAUGUGCUUCUGUUCAUGAUUGAGGCUUGGAAAGACGACACUUAUUCAGACAGUAUUCUGACUAACAACUGUGUAUUCUGAACUCCUCCAACUUCAUGUCUGGUUAACAUAGCAACACAUUAUAGAGGGCGCUAAACAGUUUUAGUGGUGUUUCAGAGUGAACUCAUAUCCCAGACACACAACAGGUCAGAUUUGACUUCGAAUAAAAGUCAUAUUUGACCUGCUACUUUUCCGGGUCAAAAGUAUCACGUCAAAUAUGACCCGGAUUCCUAGACUUUAUCCUUUGCACGAUGCGCCCUCAUUGAGGGCAGUUUUUGUCAUUUAUAAUUCUGAGUGACAGUUGAAUUAGUCUAUUCAUGUUUAUCAAAAAGGAACAGAGACCUGCCCUCAGUUGUGACGUCAGAUGCAAAGGUCUACAGAGUAGGUUUGAUAAUAAGCCAGAUCGAUAUUCCAAAUGAUAGGCCUAUUAUUAAUACAUGGCAGAACUGAAUACACAUGUAUCUUAAUUCAAUCAUUAUUUUUGCCUAUUUUUUUACAUAAAUAAUUCACAACUGAACUGAACAACGUCCAAUGAAAUAGUCUCGUACUCGAUUAUCUCACGUUUGUAACUCAAUAACAUGAUUCAUAUUUCCUGUGCACUAUUACUAGCUUAUUAUGCUCACUUAUGUCACAUCACUCGUAACAUUUUAAAUAAUACAGACGUACUAUGGGAUAAUAUGAUGUAAAGUGAUAAAGAUUUGCUCUAAAGCCUAAUACAUGCAUUCAUAAUAAUAAUAAUAAUUAUUUAA